AUGUUCAAGCUUCUGCUCGUUUGCGCCCUGGCCGCUUUGGUGUCCGCCAACCAGGAUCCCGAGGUUAAGGAAUUAAUCAGCGAUGUACUUCCCGAUGGUUUCAAGAGCGUAUUGGUUUUGGAUAAUGGAGUUGUCGCCAAAUCAUCUGGUGAUGAAAAGGGCAACAUCAAUGGUGUCUAUGAAUGGAUAUCACCCGAGGGUGUCAGCGUGAAGGUGUCCUAUGUGGCCGAUGAGAACGGAUAUCAGCCACAGAGCGAUCUGUUGCCCACUCCACCACCAAUUCCAGCAGCUAUUCUGAAAUCACUGGAUUGGAUUAAAGCCAAUCCCAGCAAGGAAUAGACCAACGCAUAUUGUUCGCUAAGGCAAUACCUCAAUGAUGAUGAAAUGGAAAUACAAAUGGAGUGUCCUCUGAUGCUAGAUUUAGAAAAUAACUUAAAAAU